AUGCGCGCGGCGCGGGGCGCGAGCUCCGGGGAUCCUGCUGGGAUUUUUGAGCUGGUGGAAGUGGUUGGGAAUGGCACCUAUGGACAAGUCUAUAAGGGUCGACAUGUUAAAACCGGUCAGCUGGCAGCCAUCAAAGUUAUGGAUGUUACUGAGGAUGAAGAGGAAGAAAUCAAACUGGAGAUAAAUAUGCUGAAGAAAUAUUCACAUCAUAGAAAUAUUGCAACAUAUUAUGGUGCUUUCAUUAAGAAGAGCCCUCCAGGACAUGAUGACCAACUCUGGCUUGUGAUGGAAUUCUGCGGGGCUGGGUCCAUUACAGACCUUGUGAAGAACACCAAAGGGAACACACUCAAAGAAGAUUGGAUAGCAUACAUCUCCCGAGAAAUACUGAGGGGGCUGGCACAUCUUCACAUUCAUCACGUGAUUCAUCGGGACAUCAAGGGCCAGAAUGUACUGCUGACUGAGAAUGCAGAGGUGAAACUAGUUGAUUUUGGUGUGAGUGCUCAGCUGGACAGAACAGUUGGAAGGAGAAACACAUUCAUCGGCACCCCCUACUGGAUGGCUCCCGAGGUCAUCGCCUGUGACGAGAACCCAGAUGCCACCUAUGAUUACAGAAGUGAUCUUUGGUCCUGCGGCAUUACCGCCAUCGAGAUGGCAGAAGGUGCUCCCCCUCUCUGUGACAUGCAUCCAAUGAGAGCACUGUUUCUCAUUCCCAGAAACCCUCCUCCCCGGCUGAAGUCAAAAAAAUGGUCCAAGAAAUUUUUCAGUUUUAUAGAAGGGUGUCUGGUGAAGAAUUACAUGCAGCGGCCCUCCACAGAGCAGCUCUUGAAACAUCCUUUUAUAAGGGAUCAACCAAAUGAAAGGCAAGUUAGAAUCCAGCUUAAGGACCAUAUAGACCGGACCAGAAAGAAGAGAGGAGAGAAAGAUGAAACAGAGUAUGAGUACAGUGGAAGUGAGGAAGAAGAGGAGGAAGUGCCUGAACAGGAAGGAGAGCCAAGCUCCAUUGUUAACGUGCCUGGUGAGUCUACUCUUCGACGGGAUUUUUUGAGAUUACAGCAGGAGAACAAGGAACGAUCUGAAGCUCUUCGGAGACAACAGCUACUGCAGGAGCAACAGCUCCGUGAGCAGGAAGAAUAUAAAAGACAGUUGCUAGCAGAGAGACAAAAGCGCAUUGAGCAGCAGAAAGAGCAGAGGCGGCGGCUAGAAGAGCAACAAAGGAGAGAGCGUGAAGCCAGAAGGCAGCAAGAACGUGAACAGCGAAGGAGAGAACAAGAAGAGAAGAGGCGUCUAGAGGAAUUGGAGAGAAGACGAAAAGAAGAAGAAGAGAGGAGACGGGCCGAAGAAGAAAAGAGGAGAGUUGAAAGAGAACAGGAGUAUAUCAGGCGACAGCUAGAAGAGGAGCAGCGGCACUUGGAAAUCCUUCAGCAGCAGCUGCUCCAGGAGCAAGCCAUGUUACUGGAGUACCGAUGGCGGGAGAUGGAGGAGCACCGGCAGGCAGAGAGGCUCCAGAGGCAGUUGCAACAAGAACAAGCAUAUCUCCUGUCUCUACAGCAUGACCACAGGAGGCCGUACCCGCAGCACCCGCAGCAGCACCCGCACCCACCGCAGCAGCAGCCCCCGCCGCAGCAGCCGGAAAGAAGCAAGCCCAGCUAUCACGCUCCUGAGCCCAAACCCCAUUAUGAGCCUGCUGAAAGAGCUCGAGAGGUGGAAGAUAGAUUUAGGAAAACUAACCACAGCUCCCCUGAAGCCCAGUCUAAGCAGACAGGCAGAGUUUUGGAGCCUCCAGUGCCUUCCAGAUCAGAGUCUUUUUCCAAUGGCAACUCCGAGUCUGUACACACUGCCCUGCAGAGACCAGCGGAGCCACAGGUACAGUGGUCCCACCUGGCAUCUCUCAAGAACAAUGUUUCCCCUGUCUCGCGAUCCCAUUCCUUCAGUGACCCUUCUCCUCCCAAAUUUGCACACCACCAUCUUCGUUCUCAGGACCCAUGUCCACCUUCACGCAGUGAGGUGCUAAGCCAGACUUCUGACUCUAAGUCGGAAGUACCUGACCCCACCCAAAAGGCUUGGUCUAGAUCAGACAGUGACGAGGUGCCUCCAAGGGUUCCUGUGAGGACAACGUCUCGUUCACCUGUUCUGUCCCGUCGGGAUUCUCCACUGCAGGGCAGUGGACAGCAAAACAGCCAAGCAGGUCAAAGAAACUCCACGAGCAGUAUUGAGCCCAGGCUGCUGUGGGAAAGAGUGGAGAAAUUGGUGCCCAGGCCCGGCAGUGGCAGCUCCUCGGGGUCCAGUAACUCAGGAUCCCAGCCUGGGUCCCACCCUGGGUCUCAGAGUGGCUCCGGGGAGCGCUUCAGAGUGAGAUCAUCCUCAAAAUCUGAAGGCUCUCCAUCUCAGCGUCUUGAAAAUGCAGCAAAAAAACCUGAAGAUAAAAAAGAAGUCUUUAGACCUCUCAAACCUGCUGGUGACGUGGAUUUGACGGCAUUGGCCAAAGAACUUCGAGCAGUAGACGAUGUGCGACCACCUCACAAAGUGACCGACUACUCUUCAUCCAGUGAGGAGUCAGGGACAACAGAUGAAGAAGAUGAUGAUGUUGAACAAGAAGCAGCUGAUGAGUCCACCUCAGGACCAGAGGACACCAGAGCAGCGUCAUCUCUGAAUUUGAGCAAUGGUGAAACAGAAUCGGUGAAAACCAUGAUUGUCCAUGACGAUAUAGAAAGUGAACCUGCCAUGACCCCGUCCAAGGAGGGUACUCUGAUUGUCCGCCAGACUCAGUCCGCUAGUAGCACACUCCAGAAACACAAAUCUUCCUCCUCCUUUACACCUUUUAUAGACCCCAGAUUACUACAGAUUUCUCCAUCUAGUGGGACAACAGUGACUUCUGUGGUGGGAUUUUCCUGUGAUGGAAUAAGACCAGAAGCCAUAAGGCAAGAUCCCACCCGGAAGGGCUCAGUGGUCAAUGUAAACCCCACCAACACUAGGCCACAGAGUGACACACCCGAGAUUCGUAAAUACAAGAAGAGAUUUAACUCUGAGAUUCUUUGUGCUGCCUUAUGGGGAGUGAAUUUGUUAGUGGGUACUGAGAGUGGCCUGAUGCUGCUGGACAGAAGUGGCCAAGGGAAAGUCUAUCCUCUUAUCAACCGAAGACGAUUCCAACAAAUGGAUGUCCUUGAAGGCUUGAAUGUCUUGGUGACAAUAUCUGGCAAAAAGGAUAAGUUACGGGUCUAUUAUUUGUCCUGGUUACGAAAUAAAAUACUUCACAACGAUCCAGAAGUUGAGAAGAAACAGGGCUGGACAACUGUAGGGGAUUUGGAAGGAUGUGUACACUAUAAAUCAUUUGGAGAAUUGUUACAUAAGCCAUUAUUGGUGGAUCUCACUGUUGAGGAAGGCCAGAGGUUGAAAGUGAUCUAUGGAUCUUGUGCUGGAUUCCAUGCUGUUGAUGUAGAUUCCGGAUCCGUCUAUGACAUUUAUCUACCAACACACAUCCAGUGUAGCAUCAAACCCCAUGCAAUCAUCAUCCUCCCCAACACAGAUGGCAUGGAGCUUCUGGUGUGUUAUGAAGAUGAAGGGGUUUAUGUGAAUACAUAUGGCAGGAUCACUAAGGAUGUGGUUCUACAGUGGGGAGAAAUGCCAACAUCUGUAGCAUAUAUUCGAUCUAACCAGACUAUGGGCUGGGGAGAGAAGGCCAUAGAGAUCCGAUCUGUGGAAACUGGACACUUGGAUGGUGUGUUUAUGCACAAAAGGGCUCAAAGACUAAAAUUCUUAUGUGAACGUAACGACAAGGUAUUCUUUGCCUCUGUCCGGUCCGGCGGCAGCAGUCAGGUGUAUUUCAUGACCUUAGGCAGGACUUCCCUUCUGAGCUGGUAG